UCUGGGAAGGAAGCCAACUGUGAUUACAGCACAUUCAUUGGGUGGGAGGGGGGGGGGGGGUAAUUGUCAUAUUGUGGAUACGCCUGCCGCCAUUCACAUAGUAAAUAUGGGCAGUUACUUUUAAAUGAUCCUGCAUGCACGGGUGACUCAUCUUCAGCUUCAAUGAGGUGUUACCAACACGUAUUACAUUUGAAAGAAAGGAGAGAAAGAGAGAAAUAAACCAGUAGAGAGCCCAAACAAACAAUAAUCUGAAUCUCCAUGGAUCCAAAUGUCUGCGUUCACGAGCCUUCAACGUUGAAUCAAGACUCCUCUAAAAGGAAUGCAAGUGCCCGAUCUACUUAUUACACACAAUGUAAUUACUUCUCAAGAGUAUUUCCCAGAAUACCUCACACACUCACGCUACACUCUCCUUCUCAAAGGUAGUGUCGCCACAAGGCCGGCGGUGAGGUGCGCACGAGAAGCAGACUUCUAUACAGCAAUAAGAUAUUCUUCAUGUUAUGUAAUGAGCAGGAGGCCCAUGUGCUGACAGCCAAGCUCUUGGUGGGUGGGUGUGGGUGGGGGGUCUCCAAAAUUAUACCAGGGGGUUGGCAUUAAAGCUGCAACAAUCAAUAUUUGAUAUAGUUCAAAUAAUGUGGAAGUUACAUAUUGUAAUGAUGAAUCAUCACCCGUGUUGUCCUCCUUUUCAGCUCGUAAUUUGGGUUUUAGGCCUUUUUUUAUAUCGCUUUAAUCAUUCCCAUCAAACUUUUCUUUUGCAAUGACAUCAUUAUAUGACAAAGCAACAAAAAAAAGGAAAACUUUCCACCUUUUAUGAGGUUGUCCAGUCAGAGAUGAUGGUGAAUGUAGUCCAGUGAUGUGAUGCUAGUAGAGUAUCCAGCGACAUCAUUUGAGCUUUAAAGGGGAAAGUAAUAACUACACAACAAUACACAAACAAAAAUAAUCAGCGACGAAUACUUGUCUUAGCUGUUCAUGCCAAAUGUAUAAGAAUAUUAAAUGCAUCCUCUAUAUGGCUCCUCUUCCUUUUCUCAUCAUGAACUUAUUAUAUGACGCCAUAAAAGCAGAAAAAAGCAGCAGCUCUUCAAAAUUUGAUGAGCUAACUCAUUUUAUUUGCCAAAUACCAGAUGAUAGUUAUAUACAAGAAAAUGCAUUCACAUUAAAUUAUUAAUACAUUUCUGAAAUCAAAGUAGGCUAUUGCUCUUUUAUGUCCCACAAAUCAGGAUCUACAAGUAAAUACUCCCCUAAAUCCAACUUUACCAGGGGGGGAAUACUAAUGUACAAAAACACUGAAAAUAAAACAAUCUUCCUGAUAAAUAUUCAUCAUGUUAACUGAAGAAACAUCCCGACAUGUGGCUUACACUCCAAAUUCACAGAAAAACAGAAACCAGAGGACAUGACCUGAGAGUGAGCUCUAGUUAAAAACUGUAUUUAUGUCUCAUUGUCUAUUAUUAGUUAGUAUGUUUUAUGUUUGCUGUUCAGUAAACGGCCAUACACAUGCUGUGCCCUCGUGCAGCUAACAUCACGCUAUGCAUCACUCUGGACCAGACACUAUGGAUUCUGCACGGUGCACCAACGCACGCGCGCACACGUACACACAGCCGCAGGAGGCCUCUACUUUCAACAGUGCGUCACGCGACACACGCACGAGUCAACGCACUCCUGCGUGGCUUCGUCCCCACGCGCGCACCGAUCCAUUUCCCGUAUCCCAUCGACGGAAACGUCUCGUUAACAACACGUCCAGGUCCGACACAGCGGGAGCCUCUCUGCUCGCGGCCGUUCGUCGUGAACGCGCAUCGACGUUUUCCGUGCGCACGAGCAGCAGCAGCCCCUGUUUGUUUGUGUUGAGAGAUUUGGAAAUGGCGGAGAGCAGAGACCAAAGCGAUAACUCGGGCUUGCGGACGCGAGUGCUCCCUCACUGAGACGCGCGGAAAGCUUCGCGCCCACGAGAGAUUUUCUCGCGGUUUCCCCCGCGGGUUCCCCGCUCCUCUCCCGAUGGGACGAGAGUCGGACGCAGCGGAGACAAAGGGAAGCUUUUUUUCGGUACGAGGUUUGGAUUUCGCGAGCUGGUUAGCGGGGGUAAGCUAACCGUGCUAGCAGCCUGGCGUUAGCUAGCCGCGAGGAGCCGUCGGAGUCCAGCUCCGCGGACUUGUUUGUCAACACGGACGGACUGACAGCGAGCCAGCGGACACGCAACUUUUCUGCCUCCCAGUUUGCCAAGACCACACACCCCGCCGCAGUUCGCGACUCGGUCGCCACGGACCACCGCAACGUUAUGAAUCCAGAGUAACCGUGUGGAAAAGAGGAAAAAUAAAAAAACACGCGCACACCGAAGACGUCUGACGCGAGCGAGCGGUUAGUUCCGCUGGCUAUGCUAAAGUUAGCCAACUGCGUGGGGAUCGAUCCUCCGGCGUGACGGGGUGCAGCGUGGACCUCGUGGGCAGGACCUUUUUAUUUACAAGCGGACGACGCACACCAGUCGGAGGCCAACAGACUUCUCCCUGCACCUGAGAUGUUGCCAUGUGACAGAGCGGCCGUGCAGCCAUAAGCCCACCACCACCUCCACCACCGCUGCUCCAUCAACCCCACUUCAAGCCGUUUACCCACCCUGCACCUCUCCCGAUACCACCACCACCCCAGCCUCCCCUUCCUCCCCUUGCUCUGAGCCCUGGACCAGGCCAACCACAUCCAACCACAUGACUCGCCCACUGGAGCCCUAGAUCAAGUCAGUUAAAGCUGAAAAUGAGUGCCGUAGGGGAGAACCCCCUGGAGCCCGCCACGCCAGAGUCACGCAAGAGGAAGGGCCCCCCAUGUGACACCUCAGGCCAAAGCGUGGACAAGCGGAGACGGGAGCUGGAGUGUCGAUACAUCGAGGAGCUGGCUGAGCUGCUGUCAUCCAACAUGGGCGACAUUGCCAGUCUCAGUUCCAAGCCCGACAAGUGCCACAUCCUCAAGACGACUGUGGACCAAAUCCAGCAGAUGAAACGGCGUGACCAGGAGAAAGCUCUUCUGUCUCCAGAUGAUGAGGUGCAGAAGAGCGACAUCUCCUCCAGCAGCCAGGGGCUGGUGGAGAAAGAGGCGCUGGGGCCCAUGCUGCUUGAGGCCCUCGACGGGUUCUUCUUCGUCGUCAACCGGGAGGGCCGCAUCGUCUUUGUUUCGGAGAACGUGACGAGUUACCUCGGAUACGCCCAGGGCGAGCUGAUGACCUCGAGCGUGUACAGCAUGCUGCAUGUGGGAGACCACAAUGAAUUUGUUCGCAAUCUGCUGCCCAAAAGCCUGGUUAACGGCGUGCAGUGGCCGCAGGAGCCGAGCCGGAGGAACAGCCACACCUUUAACUGUCGCAUGCUGAAGAGGCCACCGGACGAGUUGGAUUCCGAAAACCCGGAGGCCCGGCAGCAGUAUGAGAUCAUGCAGUGUUUCACCGUGUCCCAACCACGGCCCAUCAUGCAGGAGGAGGGAGAGGACCUGCAGAGCUGCCUGAUCUGUAUUGCCUGUCGGAUACCACGCGCCCAGCCUUUCAGCACUGAGUCGUUCAUCACCAAGCAGGACCCCACAGGGAAGAUCAUCUCCAUAGAAACCAGUGCUUUGCGAGCGACGGGCCGGCCUGGCUGGGAGGACCUGGUCAGGAAGUGCAUCUACGCUUUCUUUCAGACGCAGGGCAAAGAGCCCUCCCACGCCAAGAAGCUGCUGCAUGAGGUGAUGACCCACGGCACCGCCAUCAGCCCGCUGUACCAUUUCACGUUAAGCGACGGCACCCCGCUCAGCGCUCAGACCCGCUGCAAGUUCUGCUGCCCCCCCAACCCUGACGUUCAGCCCUUCAUUAUGGGCAUUCACACUAUUGACAGGGAACACAACACUGCUAGCUCUCAGGAAAACACUAACCCCAGCCUUCCACCGACCGUUGGCAGCCUUGUCCAAGCUCCGCCCCGCUCCCCUUCCCUUCCUCCCGGCAGCAACUGGACCCAAGGCUCAGGCCUCUCCACCCCGGGCCUUCAGCCCAACAACACCAACGCCUCCCCACACGGACAUAAUCCAGCCACACCCACAGGCUACCUGACACCCAGUCGGACCUGUCUCCAGCAGGUCGGCAGCCCUCCCCCUUUGAACAGCCCACUCACAGCAACCCCUACCUCUUUUAUGUCACCCAGGGUGCCACGAGGCAGCCCUGGGUUAGGUGGAAGCCCUCGGGUACCGGGGAACCCCUUCUCUCCUUCCACAGCAGGCCUCCACCCCCCAGCCGGGGAACUAAGUAGUGGAGGCAGCCUCAACAGGCAGCAGUCUGGCGGGGAUGGUAGCGGCGGGUCAAUGGGGUCCUUCUCUCUGUCCCCUCCGGUCCUUCAGAGACAAACCAGUACGCCCACCGCGCCCUCUACUCAGUCUCCAUCAUCAAAGCCGCCAGAGGGAGGAGAAGGAGGGGGAGAGGACUCUGUUAAAGCCCCUCUUCCUUCUGUUUCACAGCUGGGUAACCCCAGACUCAAUCAGCUCCUGGAAAGCAAUGGUAGAGGAGUUGAAACUAACAACAACAACAACAGAAUCCACUGCACCUCAGCACCUCAUCCUCCUAAACCUCCCCCUGGCCCUCAGUGCCCUGCCUCUCACAGUACGCUAACAGAGCGGCAUAAGAUCCUGCACCGGCUGCUCCAGGACACCAACGAUGCGUGCACCCCCACUGAGGAGGGAGGAAACAAAAGCGAUGAGAUCAAGAGGGAGACGCCAGCCAGUAGUCCGGCUCUGACCGCAGCUCCGCCCAAGUCCACCGCCAAAGAGCCACAGGACCAUCAACUACUCCGUUUUCUCCUGGACACAGACGAAAAGGACUUGGGAGACCUGCCACCGCCAUCUGCUCUCAGCCUGCAGUCUGUGAGGGUAAAAAUGGAGAAGAGAACCAGCAUGGACAGAGUGGCCUGUCCCGGGUCCACUGUAGCAGCGGGAGGGGCAUCCAAACCGGCGGGACCGUGCAGCAGCUCGGCGAGCGGCAGCCCCAAAUCGAGCUCCGUCGGAGAGAAGCGCCGCGUCGGCCGCAGGGACAGCCGAGACUCCACGAUGUCUGGUGGCGCUGUUGACUUGGACCCUCUCACCCAGCUGCUGCCUGGCCCGAGAGGCCCAAGUGGGGCUAAACAGGGCAGUGAGGAUUCAACAACCCUUGGAGGAGGCCCCCAACUCCACUCUCCAGCCUCUCAGCCCCCAGCUCAGCUCCAGUCCCCCCAGCUUCAACGCCAGUCCCCUCUGCCUCAGCGCCAGUCCCCCUUGCCCCAGCUUCAGUCCCCCCUGCCUCAGAUCCAGUCCCCUCUGCCUCAGAUCCAGUCCCCCCUGUCCCAGUCCCUUCCCCAUUUGCAGUCGCCGUCACCCCGUCUCCACUCCCCUUCUCCCCAGCUCCAACUGCAGUCCCCCACUCAGCUCCAGCCCUGUGAGGCCAGCACUCCCCGCAAUGUAAAUGUGAAGAGAGGGGCUUCCGGCACUCCUAACAGAGGACUCGGUGAUGGUGGCCCACCCUCCGGCUGCAACCUCCAGAGUCCGUCCUCCUUUGAUUUCUCCAGUUCCCCCACUCCAAGCCACACACAGCAGCAGAGACAGGAAGACCCCUUCCAGACCCCCAUGGACAGCAGCAUCUUCCCAGAGGCUGAAGUCAUCAACCCUUUCAGUUCAAGCGUCGGCCUAUCCAAGAUGGAUGUGGGAGAGUCUCUGUUCCUGUCUCUGUCCGACACCUUCACCUUCGAUGGCCUCGGAACACCUUUACAAGCUCCCCUGGCAUCGCCGCAAGAGCAGUGUGUGCCCUGUACGCUGGAUGAAGUGCUCGGCCCCCCGACCAUGCCCGAGGGCCGCAACGAUGAGAAUGCUCUGCUGGAGCAGCUCGUCUCCUUCCUCAGCGGGACCGACGAGAGCGAGCUGGCCGAGCUGGACAAGGCCCUGGGCAUCGACAAGCUGGUGCAGGGUGGUUGUUUUCAGCAACAGCCCCAAGACUUCCCAACCCAGCAAUCCACUGCCGCCCCCGGUUCCAUGGACCCUAAACUCCACGCGUACCCGUCCCAAUUUACAGCCGCCGCCGUGCAAGCCCAGUUUCCUCCCGAGCUGGCCACGUUGGUGGGGCAACAGGAUCUCGGGUUUGGAGCCCCGCGGGGGGCUUUCCCCGGCGGGACGACGGGCGUCGGGCUGAGGCCGGGCAUGCCGAGACCGCAGGGGGUCGGCACGCAGCUCCGACUGCCACCCAACCAACUGCGCCUGCAGCUGCAGCAGAGGGUCCAGGGCCCACAGCAGCUCCAGAACAGGAUGGCGAGCAUCAAUCCGUUUCCAGGAGGAGUCCAGCAUGUGAACAUGGGGCUCCGUCAGGGGGGUCAACAACCUCAAAUGCCCUCGCAGCCGCCGCUGAACGCCCAGAUGCUGGCCCAGCGGCAGAGGGAGCUCUACAGCAUCCAGCACCGCCAGCGCCAGCUCUUCCAGCAGAAGGUCAUGCUGAUGAGACACAACAUUGCAGGCGCGCCGACCGGAGACGCGGGGGCCGGCGAAAUGGCCAGGGCCCCGAAGGGUCCGCCGCCAACGCCUCAACAACAGCAACAGUUCAACUUCCCAGCAGGGUACAACCCUUUGACGGGAACAUCCCCUACCUCACCCGGCCACUUCAGCCCCAUGGACAACAAACUGACCAGCCAGACGCUGAUGGGCGGCGUGCAGGGUCAGUUCAGCAGCACCGUGAACGCCACAAUGCCGCAGGGCCUGUUUCAGCAGUCUGGAGGGUCUGCCGUCUCCCAGCAAGACGCAUCUUUCCCUCCGGAGAUGGGCCCCACCAGCCCAUUGUUGUCUCCUCAAAACUCCACCUCCCAGAGUCCUUUGCUUCAGCAAGCCCCACCCCCUGGCUACCAGUCACCAGAAAUGAAGAGCUGGCAACAGACGGGCGUGGGAAGCAACAGCCUGUUCAGUCAGUCAGGACAGAGUGCGGCGCAGCCUUUUGGCUCGCAGGGCGUGUACAACAACAUGAGCAUCACCGUCUCCAUGGCCGGGGGCUCGGGUGCCGUCGGCUCGUUGUCGCCCAUGGGGCAGCCGGUUGGCAUGGGCAACAGUAACCUCGGCAACGUCAGUUCAGUGUGCACCGACCAGCAGGUGCAGCAGGUCCAGGUAUUCGCGGACGUCCAGUGCACGGUGAACCUGGUGGGCGAGGACUCGUACCUGAACCAGGGCUCCGUCGGAGCGGCGUCCCCCCAGAAGGACCCCGGCGGCGGCGUGCCGCAGGGCUCCCAGAACAACCAGGCCCAGCAGAAGAGCCUCCUCCAGCAGCUGCUCACCGAGUGACCGCCCACGCCCCCCCGCAGCUCUCCCGUUACUCCCUCUAACUUCUCACUUCUACGCCUCCUCCACGGAGGCCGGUGCACCGGACCCCAUUGCUGUCUCUGUCUCACCUUCUCGGACGGAUGGAUUGGAUGUUUUGGACGACCGCAACGCGUCGGGCGCCGAGCGGGUCGGCCGUCGGUGGCGUUUCACAGCCGAGCCACGUGCGUGCUCGCGGGAUUCGGGGCUGGUUGUCUUACCGCCCAGUACUUCAAGAAAAGACUCUAGUCAGAAGGAGCAGCAGUGUAUUUAAACCUGCCUGUCUAAUCUGUCUGACAACCUGUCUGUCUGCCUCAGCCUAUUUAAAGGCAGUGUUGUCUUGCUGCUCAUUCCUUGGUGACCUACUUUCUGCUUCCUGACCCAAGAAAACAACAACUGCGACAUCAUUGUAGAUUUGCCAAGUUGUCGUCACUGUCAAAUCAGGGCCGGCCUCCUUUUUCUUCUUUUCUUUUUUUCUCCUUUUUUCCUGAUGGAGCGGUUUCUGUCAGGGCCGUCAUCGCAGCAGCAGUGCAUCUUGGGAGCGUGAGUUGCAGCGUACAGCUGAGCUCAUCAUUUCAAGUGUCGGGGUUUCCCCACACAGCAACACCUCUGGCUUUUUUAAAGAAAAGAAUAUGUUUGUUUGUUUGUUGUUGUUUUUCCUCUACCUGUCUCAGCGAUGUGGGAAUGUUAAUGUUUCAGACCUCUGUGGCAUCGUGGGAAAGAAGCUCCGUCUCAGCUGGUUCUGUGACCGCCUCUCUCCCUCAGCCGCUUCUUCUACAUAUUAUUCUAUUAACGUCUUCUGGUUAUUUUUUGGGGGGGUUUAAUUGUUUUUUGUUUAAAAUCUUCUGCUCUCACCGUCAUCAUCAUUAACAUUUUCUUCACGAUCUUCAGAACAAGCUUUGACAACAGCCAGAAUGGAUUGGAUUGAUGGAUUGAUGGAUGGAAGACAGACGGGAUGCUGCUCAGUUUGGAACUUACAUGUCUUUCUCCCUCCGGGAGGAGGUUUUUAUUUUGUAUAUUUUUUUUUUUCAGAGUAUAAGAAAGAAAAAAAGACUGUUAUGAUUAUUUAACUGUCUGUCCGUCACAUUUUACCCCUCACCUCAGCAGCUGUGAAUACAGAGCCCAGUUGGGUUCUCUCUGUCUCUCUCUCUCUCUCUCUCUCUCUCUCUCUCUCUCUCUCUCUCUCUCUCUCUCUCUCUCUCUCUCACUCUCUGUGUGUGUGUCUGUCUUUCAUGCUAUCUCUCGGCCUACCAGUGUUGUUUGCCGUGUGCACCAUGCAGGCGGGUAGUAUUGUACAGUACCGAAGGACAAAGACUUGGGGAUGCUCUCGUCUCUCGUCCCUGCUUUUCCUUUUUAAAAAGAUAAUAAGUGUAAUUACUCGGAGAUCCUGAUAAUAAUGUCAGUUAAUUUGUGGCACCAUGAUCUUGUAAUAUCGCUUGCGUGUUGCGGUGGAGGAAGUUAUUCCAUCUUCUGAAAUGUGAAAGGAAAUUUCAAAAGCAAUCGAUGAUGAAACGGCUCGGAGAUCCACUUCCCACAUUCGGGAAGAAAAAACCCAACAGAACUGGGUUUUUAAUUGCUUUGCUUUCUCUCGUGGUUUCCAGGGAACUAGUUAGCCAUCUUAGCAUCUUCUCUUGCUUUCGCCUCCUCUUUUCAUUUCGUACGUACAUGUCAGAGAACACGUCCGACGUGUGUUUGUAACCAUUGUAUUAAAAAAAAGAAAAAAGGAAAGCAGAAUGAGAACGUAAACCGUGGUCGUUGCCGUGACGGCGAGACCUCCGGUGAGGCCGACGGUACCGAGCCCGUCGUCGCGGCAACGAAAAGAGAAGAAAAGAAAUGGCGUGCUUUUCGGAUGUGGCUCCUAUAUAUUGACAUUUACGUCGAGGCUUUUUAGGAAUUAGACGCUCCUAACAAAGACGUGACGGUGAUUCAUUCGGAAGCUGUCGGGUGGGUUGAGUCUCAAACGCCGUUUAACAUGUUUCUUUUAUUUCUACUGCAAACCUGUUUAGUCGGUGUUCUGUAUGUUUCCGGGGGGGGGGACUCGACCCAUCCUCUCCCUCCACCGUAACCGAUGAAGACGUCGCUCCGCUGGCUCGACACACUCGGAGGGGUCCGCUGCUCAGCCAGACCUCUGCUGCUGCUCCCCGUUAGAGAGAGGGGGGGGGGGGGAACCUGCCAGGGCUUUGCCUCUGGAUAUUAACUUUGCUAAAUGUAUGUAAAACACACAUAAUCUGAAUAUCAUGCAAAAAAUAGCAAAUAUCUUCCGCACUAUACCCAACUGUUUGGAUAAGUACCGCAGUCGGGCGGGGGCCGGGGGGGGGGGCAUGUCGUGUUUUAUAUCGAUCACAAAUGGACCUGAUGGACCUGCUGUGGACGCUUGCUCUUGGUUCAUUGUUCCUCUCUUUUGUUUUCAUCUCCCUCGUGUUGUGGAAUACUUGGAGACGGUAGUAGAAAUCUGGAGAGGUGGGGUUUUUUUUGGGGGGGGGGGGGGGGUUGCACACAGCUUUGACCUCACAUUCAGACUUUCGGACUUUUACAUGAACCAUUCUGUAAAUGCAACUACCUAACUCAUCAGCCGCUUCAGGGCAGCGUCUCCUCCAGAGGGCGAGGGCUUCCCUCUGCCUCUGUUGGAGAGCGGAGACGCCGGGCAGCAUGCACGGUCAACAUUCCACCAACUCCUCCCACACGUAUGACCACUUUGUGCUCAGCUGGAAAGCUGUGUGUGAAAGAGAAAGUGACUGUGUGUGUGUGUGUGUGUGUGUGUGUGUGAGAGAGAGAGAGUGAGUGUGAGAGACUGAGUGUGUUUUUGUGUGUGAGAGAGAAUGACUGUGUGUGACUGUGAGAGAGCGUGUUUGUGUGUGUGUAAAAGUGAGAGUGACUGUGUGUGUGUGUGUGUGAGAGAGUGACUGAGUGUGUGAGAGAGAGUGACUGAGUGUGUGUGUGUGAGAGUGACUGAGUGUGUGUGAGAGAGAGAGUGACUGAGUGUGUGUGAGAGAGUGACUGAGUGUGUGUGUGAGAGUGACUGAGUGUGUGUGUGAGAGAGUGACUGAGUGUGUGUGUGUGAGAGAGUGACUGAGUGUGUGUGUGAGAGAGAGAGAGUGACUGUGUGUGUGAGAGAGAGAGAGUGACUGAGUGUGUGUGAGACGCAGAUCCCCGGCACUGUGUAUCCAAUCAGAGGCCCGGGAGCAGUGGCCAUCUUUGAUGUUUCUUACGACGAGGCGUCCUCCACGCAGGAGGCUCGUGGUUCUCGUGUUCCGUAUAUUUAUUAGAACCCAUCAGUAGAGCACCUUUUUAUUACCUCAUUGUUUCAUCAGGCAGGAGUUCUGAUCGUCUUUCCUCUGGACCGUGUUUUCACACUGUGAGCCUCGUGACCACAAGCGUCUCGUGUGGUUCAGGAACUUUCCGGAUUCAGAGGUUCGGGUGAAACCCGCCGGUCGUUUCUCUAAAGUCCGUCGCAGUUUGCUUCACGGCCUUUUUUUCUUUUGUUCCGACCAGCAUUACAAAACCAAAAGAUAUUCAAUGUAAAGAGUAUGAAACGAGAAGCAUCAAAUCAAGUGGACGUUAGCACUUAUUUCUCAAUAGAAAUAGACUCCAGCUCUCCAGAGGUCACCAUCGCUUGAAGGUUUUGACCUCCACACGCAAGUCCCUGUGAAAUGUGUCUCAGAUAAAAAAACUCUCCCUCUACCUCGAAGCUGAGUUCCAUUUCUACACUUGUCGUGGCGGACGGCCCCGAAAACAACAAACGGCAGGCGAGUCGAGGGCCAGCCGUCUGUCCGUUGCUAAGCAGCACUUAAAGGAAGCUCAGAAAUCAAAUUGGCCGUUGGGGGGGGGGACCUCUUUUAUUUUGUCUCCUCAUGUUCCUCACAGUGUGAACUCACGGGUCAGACACUCCUGUGCCAAUGCCUUGGUCGAUGUACAAAAUACAGAAGCUGCACAAAGUGGAAGAAUGUAUUUUUGUUAUUGUUUUGUGGAAGUUCUCUGCCAGUGUCUGCCUCCUCUUGUUUAUCCGCUCUGAUGAUUUCACAGUCAGUAUUGACCCCCCCCCCCCCUCUCCUUCCUCUUCACCUCUGCGUGGAGCAGGCAUUCCUAUGGAAACGGUUUCCUCUGCAGGAACAGCAACUGUCAGCUUAUCAAAAACAUGCCAAAUACAACCGAUGUGAUAUUUUGUAUUGUUAUUAUUUUUAUGGAUCAGCCAUUCAGUGGAAAACGAGUCCCUCCUUCCUCCCGACAGUUCACACAGGUACACGGUUCUUUUUAUAACAUUGGCUUCAAGAUGUUAACAUGAUGUAUAUAACAGAGAAAUGUGAAUAUGUUAUUUGUUCGGAAUCAACCAGAAAAUAGUGCUCCGAGUUUGUGGUAAAAAAAAAAAAAAAAAAAACUACUCGCCUCCGUCACGUUUUUAUUUUAUGUUUUUAUUUUCUACUAUUUUAUUUUUCUCAUGAUGUAUGUAUAUGACUAUCAGUGAUGCGUAUGUAUGUGUGUGUCCGUGAUUAAUACUGUAUAUCUGGUGUUCUCCAAGAUGGGAAAGUGGAAGAUGUCCUGGUUUGAUUCUUUUCUUCUUUUCCCCGUGUGGACCCUGCACCCACGGGUGCUUCAGAUGACUCUGCCAGAGAAUGGGUUAGCGACUGCUGAAUGUGAUUUCACUGAGAGAGAAGCAGUGUGGACUGGCUUUUUUUUUUUUUUUUUGUACGGGUUGAUAAAAAAACAAAAUACACACAAAAAACAAAACAAAAAAACGGCCAUAUUAUUUAAUUAUCUCAAAAGUCGAAGCAGAUCCGGGGGAGUGGAGCCUUGGUUUCAUGGAGAAGCAUUGCCUGCUUCUUUGAUCCUGACCCAUGUAGCUUUUCUUUUCUCGCCUUCGUCAAUAGUAAACGACCAAAGCUUUGAGGUGUUUGAUGUCAUAUGCAAACCUCAUCAUCACCGGACGACACAUAAUGUAGCGGCCCCCCAUUUUUUUCCCCGUCUAGUUUUUAAGCGGCGUUCUGCCGCCGUCCGUCUCUCCUCCGCUCGUCACCACGUCCUCGCCACGAUCUGUCCUGUUUCUUUUCUUGGAGGGACCCUCCAUCGGGUCCCCGUGGAGACGUCUCCGCUUUGACAAUGAGGCUCUUUUUCUUUUGUGUGCCUGAAGUGCAAUCACUCGUUUACAGGAAGAAACCGACCCAUUGCAAAGCGACCGCUAUGCACCUCACCGGAGCGUUGACUCCGGUGUGGAGACUUCACUCUGGAGCGACACCAAACCCCGACGGGCAGAGUUUCCAGUUCCUUUAGACCGAUGGGUCGAGAGAAGAGCCCCUUCAGUUUGUCUCGUGAGUUUUAGUAUCUGAUGACCUCGCUCAGCUUUUAAUCUCAUUCUUGGAAAAAAGGAAACUUAGUUGUUGUUUAGUUUCUCUCCAUUAACUGAAUACUUUAUACCAAACUUACGGUGCCUCGUGUAUAUAUUUUCUGCUGUGAAGGUUGCUCCUUUGCUGUUUAACAAUAAUAACCUUGUUAACCAGGGUUUUUUAAAAACCUUUUUUCACCUUUAUAAAAAAGCACACAAAAAACAAGUUGACUGUAUUUUAAAAUGACUUUUUUACACACAUAGAUUAAUCAAAUUUAUUCCAGGAAUUUGCAAAUACAAUCUAAUUUUUUGCACUUUAUAUCAGAUUUACUUGGAGUGAAAAGGCCAUCAGAAACCGUCUUAAUCAGACCCGUAUUGUAUUUGCAGAUAAAGAUUAAGUCCCCUGAAUGUAGGAAGUCGAGCAGCUCGGGUUCUCCCGACGUCCAAACCUCGACCAACAAAUGUACGCACCGUCUACCUUCUCUGUGACGUCUCUCUGUCUACAACAACCGAUCCUCAGUAUAAAUACUAUGCCAAUCUUCUUCAGGUGCCCCCCCCCUCCCCCAUCUGGGGCCCUAACGGCUCUCGCUUGAACUCUCAGAACAUUCCUGCUCGCAAACCCAGUUUCAGCAGCCGUCAAACACGUCGCUCCGUAGCCGCUGGACAUUCGCGUUCCCGCAGCUUCCAACAUGUUUUUUCUUUUCUUCCUUUCGCUUUCUACUCGAAUAAAUUUUAAAAAGGGUCUAGUUGUGUGAGACUUAACCUCUGCUCUCUAGCAAACAGUCGCGCACUGACGUGUAAAUGGCAACACGCUAACUGCUGCUCGUCUCCUCCGUGCGGCCUCAUGUGGACUCCACGGUACCGGGCUCGGGCCAAUGCCCCGUGGGGAAAUGAGAAAAUUGAGAGCUUAAUAGAAAAGCAAUCAGAAAAAUUAAAUGUGUUUCUGCAAAUGAAAGGUGGAUUCAGUUUGAUCUGCUUAUCUUUUCUCUUUUUGUAAGGCGUCAACAAUCUGAAGUGUCCUCACUCGUCAUUGGUCCAAACUGAGUCCCGCUGAAGUCCCCCACUCAUUCCUAUUGCAGGGGUCCCAAACUGCUCUCUCCUCUGUGAACAGCAUCCGUUAAGUUCUGGGACUGAGCAUUAAUACGAUGCAGAGACUUUACAAGAAGGCUUGUUAUUAACUCACCACUUUAUGUUGUUGUUUUCUUUUCUUUGGGGGGGGGGGGGGGGCGGUAAUGCUUUUCUCUGGAGAAUUUGAGCGAAAAUGACCAAGGUUCCACUUUCUCCCUUGUACAAAUUAAUAUAAAUAAAUAUAUAUUAUAAAUUUUACUCAUUUUUGUCCAGUUUUGUAUAUUACACUCAUGUAAGGUUUGUUUUUAAAAGAGGCAUCGGAGCAGCUAUCACAAGACGAUAUGAGUGACAAUGUUCAUCUGGGAGAAUUUUAUGCAUGUUAUAGUUUUUCUCUCUCUGUCUCUCUGUCGCUUUCAAUACCCCCUCCCCCCCCCCUGUUCAGGUGUGUAACGUGAAAUAUAAAGAAAUCUACCUUUUCUUUGGAAUGUUGUAGACAAUCAGUCUCAGGCCGGGUCCAGUGGCUGCAGGGAGUGAGAGCCCUGCAGGCUGAUCGACAAACUAAAAACUCUUUUUAUUUGCAUCGACUGGAAGUCUAAGUUUGGAGGUUUGUUCAUUCUUAUGUUCGCGGCUGCUCAAGUUUACACACACACACACACACACUUCUCUACGACACUCAAAACAAACAACUCGUGCAUUUGAUCCCUCUGCUUUUUAUUUUGUUUCCAAGGUGAGGAUGCCGACCUUGAGGAAAUGAUGCUUUGACUAACAAAUCUAUAACAUCUAUGAAUGUGGGAAUGCAACACAUUGCAAUAAAAGCACCAUUUGAAAUGCA